AUGUUACACCGUAUUUUAAAAAAAAGACGUGAUAGCCUUAUUCACAAUGUAGAAGAAUGGAUUCUCAACAUUUGUACGGUAUUUAACGUUGCCAAAAAACGAAAGGAAAAGACAAAAAUGUGGCUUGACUCUAUUGGUUUAGAAAAUAUCAACCCAACAGAAAAACAAAACCACAUAUUGCCAACCAUUUUUCCUUCUGGCCAGUUAGCAAAUAAAAUAAAUAUUCUGAAGAGUGUUAAUUCUCAAGAGCAGAGUAGAAAUCAGGUUCCGCCUCUUAAGACACUCACGAGACAAGACGAGGGUGGUCGAUAUUCUUACUCUCCGGAAACUAAAGCAUGUGUAGACAGACAAGUUUUUUGA